AUGUUCCAAAGGGUUCCGAAUGCCGAGGCCGGUGCCAAUCUUGGCCAGUGCCGUUACGGAAACUUCCCCUACGGAGCGCACUCGGCUACCGUGAACCAGCCGUGGUCUGGUGUGGGUGCCUCCACGAUCACUCUAGAUGGGAGUUUGCAAGCAAAGAUCGAUCUGGCAACCUUUCUUCCACUGACGUUCAAGAUGGGGGGCAUCUACCACUUGUGCUACUCGGAUGAUGGUUCCUUUGAUCCUGGGCACACGGACAUCGUGCCUCAACGCAUAGAGGUCUACGGCAUUUAUGAUACCCGUACCGAGUGCGCCGAAGAUGAGACGUGUCUGACGAAGCGACCAUACACGUGCUUCUUGCGACGGCAAGCCUACAACAACAUGGAAGAUGCCUAUGAUGGCACGACGUCUUGUGUCAUUGACUACAGCUACGACGGAGCAGGCUUCAGAGGACUUCCUGGUGGAGGCAGAGGCUCUUGGACCGGUGAGUUUGCCACCAAUUAUGAUUCCAACGGCAUGGUCACAACGGAGAUCUUGCGGUCGUGCGGCUCCAGUGGUGUACGGAUGAAUGUUCCUCCUGGACGACCGGACUUGCAAGGGCCGACCUUCAAGGCUUAUGCAGCGUGCUACUGCCCUGAUUUCCAGAGAUGUGACUCCUUCAGCCCCGACUAUGUGCAGCAGGUGGGGCUACUCUACUUCUUCGCAACGAAGGUGUGCCCGAACGGCUUCGAGGCCGUGGCAUGCGCACUGGACUUCACAGGUGCUGCGCCGCAACACCGAUUUGCGCUGAAAGUGGAAUGUCCCAGCACGGCCUGCACUUUUGCAGCGACAAGCCGCGUCAAAGUGGUGAUGCAGGAGGCCAACAACAACCUUCCGGCCUGGGACCCUUCGUCGGGAUGUGGCGCUGCAGUACAUGGCAUCAACGCCUUGGGUGUGCAGGUUUUGCCAUCAGACGACAAUCCGGAUGUUGCUACAAUGAAUGGCGGUAUGCGGCAGGACUACAAAAUCUGGAACUUCAAGAACUCCUCCUCGGGCCUGAUCUUUGACACCAAAACAUCUGGUUUCCAAUUCAGGAUCCAUUUGGAAAGGAGGAGUCUGCAUCGAGAGCUCCGAAAAGAGGAACAUCAUGCAGCCUCAAAGUUGGCGCAGGUCGGAAUGGAGCUGUGGUCCGAAUACCGAGACGACAUCCAUGAAUCGCACGAGGCGCAGAUGCUCAUGAAGCUGCUCAACGUGACGUACCAGAGCUUCGAGGCUCGGGUGAAAGCCACCGUGGAUGAAACAUCCAAAGAUCUUGGCUUAAACAAAGAAAAGGCAGCCAAGCUGGCUGACACGCUUCUGCAUCUGGUUGCUGAUCAGCAGCAGAUGGGGCUCAAGCACACCAAAAGGUUGGUGGAUCACCUAGUCGAGGCCGGCAAGCGUGCCGUCCCGCUGGAAAAGCACACAGAGAAAGAGGUGUUGCAGGAAAUGCAGCAGGAGGAAAAAAUGAUAGAAGAGGAGGGUGAACCUGAAUAUGCCCUCCCAGGCGACAACGAGACGGGCGACCCCUUGAAAGGAAUGCUAGAAGGCUUCUUCUGGGUCUUCAACGACUACGAGAGGGAGUUCUCGGGAAAGCCCCGGUCGAUGCUUCACCCGGGCAAUGCAGCCUAUGAUGCUCUGAAGUCGCUCGACGACAAGAUGAACGAUCUGACCGAGGCACAGAUCGCCGAGGAGUUGGACAAGAUCGACCUGGGGGCUGUGGGCGCCGGCCUCGGCUCUGGAAGGGUCUUGCCGGCAAAGGACAUCGUGGAGGAGCUGCUGAUGAUCGGCAACAUACCACAUAAAGAACUUCGAGGUCUAGAGGAGGCCUGGAAGUCAGGGCAGCAGGAUUCUGUGCAGAUCUUCGGAAGGUUGGCCGCCAUGCAUGAGCAGCACAAAAUCCCAUCUGGCUGGCUGCAAAGAGGCAUCGACGAGGAUGAAAGGGAAGAGAUCGCCGAAGAGGAGCAAGCAGAGAAGCUCGAGGUGGUCUGCUUCUGUGAUGGUGGCUGCACUGUCACCGCGAAUUGGUUCAAGGUCGGUCAGCUGCGCUUCGCCCCCUUCCAGCCUGUCAGCGCAGCCUCCAACGUCUCUGUCCUGCAGGACGAGUUUAUCCUUGAGUACAUGAACACUCCCGGAACUUUCGGCUUCUAUCGUCCAUGGGUUGACUACGGCGUCAUGGGCUUGCAGGAAGGGGGUGCUUUGAAGCUGGUCUCAGAUCCUGACUUGACCAUGACGGACGAGGGCUGUGUCUCUGCAGAGUAUAGCCGAACCUUGGUGGACCCCAAUACGAUGACCAUACAGAACGCAGCUACAGCCUACAGCGGAAAAAACAAUGCGGCUGCUGACGUGAACAAGCUCAUGUUCAACAAUGCAAUCAUGGCCAACACAAUCAUCGUGAACCAGGCUGGCUUUGUGGCGGUGUGUUACUGUGCACGACCGGUUGACGACACCCCUGGAGUCUGUGCCCACGAUCAGUGGGUGAUGGUGAAUCGCCUGACCAUCAGAGGGCCGGGCCCAGGCCAAAGCUCCCCGGCUACGAAGCGACUCACCGCAGAUCCGAACGCAACGCGACUGCUCUCUGCCUCCGAGGUCGUCUUCCGGAUUGAGUAUUCCGGCUGGGGUCUGGCGAAGGAUGACAAGGUUCGCAUCAUCCCGGCCACAUCCCAGUGCUCCGAUGUGAACGGCAACCCACGGGCCGCCUGGGGUGUCACGAGCAUCAAAGUUGGCUGCCCACAUCCGUGCUCGGAGGUCGGCGAGAUCAAUGACGUUCUGAACGGAGAUAUCUCGGUUGGUGUCCUUUCAUCAGACUCCUACAUGUGUGACAUCCAGAAUGAAGGCUGCCGAACCAACGAUAUCAAGGCCGUCACAGUGAUGGAUGAGUUCACCACAGAGCUGGAGUUUGAGGGUCGGUAUGACCUCGCGGACAGACUGGACAACCACAACUCAGCCCCGAACGAGUACAUUGCAGGUCAUGCUGUGACUGUGGAUCCCACGGAUUCCAAGAAGGUGACCAUUCGCGUUGGCUGGCCCGAUCCGAAGCCACAGUUUACAGUGCAGUACAUCAACAAUCGCCGAGGCCGCUGGCAACGGCACAGCAAGGCGAUCACAGCUGAAGAAAUCAUGGGCGAGAAAGAAAGGAUUGACAUGAAGGUCUGCUGGAAGUACACACCGGCCAUGGGUGAGUCGGGUCCUGCACCGCGGCAUGUAGCAGAGGUGGGCACGCUCACAAUGCUGGACCCGAAUUCCAUGAGCGAGUGUCUUGUAAGCCUGACCACGCUGGUGAAGAAGCAGAUGACGCCAUAUGCACCGAUGAUAUUAUCGUUCAGGACUGCCACGGCUGAGACGGGAAAGCGAUACGAGUCGCUCGAGGGCCGAAUGCGCCUCAGGAUUUAUUUCGUCAGGACAGUGGCAUUGAGAGCCACGUUCACAGAUGGUGCGAUCAUUGAAGACAAUCAGGGGGAGGACGAGCUUAACGAGGCCCGACAGUACAUCUGCGGCAAGCUUUUCCGGGAGGUGUGGUCGAGUGAUGAGGAGCUGGGCUUCCCGAUGCCCAGAGGCUGCUACUAUCGAACCUAUGGCCAGACGCAGGAGCUCAACAUGCUAUUCGACCGGAAGAAUGGCCUCUCUCCGGGCAAGUACUACCAGGUUGUGCUUAUGGGCGUGGCCAUGGACGAGGCGAUCCGCGAUGGGGAGUACGUGCACAUCUUUACGACAGAUGAUGUGGACCUUCACCCAUACAUUGCCUUGGAGCGCGGUAUUGCAACGCUCUAUAGAUCACCACAGGACCCGGCUUAUGGUUCGCAAGGUGUGAAGUUUGCCGAAACCGACGGUGUGAAGAUUUCUAGCGGCUCGGGCACGGAGAUGCUGGAGCUGGAGGGUGGCACGGAGUUGAGACUUGAGCUCAAAGGCGAUCCUUUGGGAGGUGGCAUCUCCGCGUCGGCAGUCUUGCGAUUGUACCUGUGGCCUCUGACGCAGUGGAAUGUUGCCAACGCCUGCACGGUCAUGUGCAUCGCUCACGACCAGGUCUCGGCACCCUGCGGGGCAGUUCAAGAUUGCAAGGGUGACGCGAUCAUCCCCAACUUCCAGCAAAACUUCCUGCGCAUCGUGUUGCCAUCUGCCAUGGCAACGAUGACAGAGUUUAUCAGCCACACGCUUGUCUUCCCGGAUUUGGUGCUGCCCACCGGUGGAUUCUUCUCGACCCGGCUUGCCGCGCAAAUCUCCAAGGCGGACGACACAAAGCCUCACUACACAGUCAGCAGCGGAGAUUACAUCUACAAGAUGCAUGAUGAAGGUGUCGGUGUUGGCAAGCUCGUAGAGUUCUAUGGGGAUGGCGAUCAAAGCCCAUACCGCGGGGAUGACAGAAACAUCCUCUAUGCAAAUCUGGUGCUGCCGUCCACUCUCUUCGCAGCAGUGCAGACCGGUGAUGCUUACAUGACGUUGACAUUACCCACGGGGUACGAGUGUGUGCGAACUCCAGACAUCAACGGCGAGUCGCCAUGGCGCGCGGAGGACGACUUGGGCGUCUUCCAGGGCAAGAUUCCUCAGGGAACCGGCUCACCUGACGAAGGGGGCGGCACAAGGGGUUGGUCAGUCAACGAAAACCAAUGUGUGUACACGCUGCGCCAGAAUGCCGUUAUCUAUGCCGGCAGCUCCUUGUAUAUACGGGUCACUGCCAACAACCCUGACACUGCACUGCAGCGGAUGGACCCAACGAACCGUUGGCAGGUGUCUCUGACCAGUAAAGGCUACCACCAGUAUGAGGUCACGUUCCCUCCAGUGACCUUCAACACCGUGAUGCAAAACUUCAGCUCGAACACGGCAGUGCUGGGAAAGAUCACGCAGCCUCUGAUAGUUCCAUCGAACUGGAUGUACUCCGAGGGAGGAGUUGUCAUGGCACAGGGCUUCCUGAACAUCUUCUUCCGGUCGGAGCAGGGCACGGGUGUGGAGUCAUCGGUGCAUGUGGAAGCGCCAGCAGGCUUCUCUUUCUCACCGAACCCUUGCCGAGUUCAAGACCUGGAGGACGUGUAUUAUUCCACCCCAGGGCAGAUGGGAUCACCGACGCACAGCUUACCAGGCAUCGUCUCAUGCGAUCACCGGAGCUACCCCUACAACCAUGCUGCUGUUAAGCUGACGGGUGCCAUCUUGUCGAAUUCCAAUUAUGCAUUUGGACUCUGGGUCUCAAACGCAGAGGUGUAUGCGGAGUCACAGAGAACCGGCUGGAGGAUAUACACGUUAGACAUGAACGACUUCAAGGUGGAUGGGACGCCAAUGCCGAUUCCUGCAUUGGCACACACAGCGACGAGUCUGGCGAUGCCGGACGCAAUGCUGAGUUUUGGACUCUACCGGGCACAGAUCAACACACAGACGACCCUAAACGUGCAGGUGUCCAUUGAAAGCAGUGUUCCGUAUACAAUGUCGAUGCAGAGAACAUGGGUGACGGUCCUUCCUUUGAGGGUCGGAGAGCAGAUCACCUCGACUCUGAGAGUGGGGGCCCCGCUGCCGGAGUGCACGCUGUUCAAUGCACCUGCCAGGACGGAGAGCCUCUGGCUGAUGGGUGCCACGGGAACGCUGCCAGGCCGAUAUCCGCAGCGGCAGGGAAACAUCUUGUUGUGGGGCCAGGCGAGGAUGUAUUGGCCCAACGAGACUUACGGGUUUCAGACCUACAUCCGCGUCCCCGACCGGACUCCAAGCGCCGCUCCGAAUUGGUUCAUCUUCGAGUUUGGCUACGAUGGCAACUCGCUGGCCACAAGGCAUGCAGCUUCAGCGGUGCCGGCUCCCUCGGUGCAGUCGUUGACCAACGCCGCCAUGGAGUACAACACGAAUGUGGAGGGGAAGGUGAAUCCGAUCAUUUUCCAGAUCCAGACCAUCAGUCAGAUACCGGCGGGCGGUGGCCUUUUCAUCGAGGGCCCGCUCGGCUUCGAGUUCCCCAAUCCCUGCACUCCAGAGGUGGCCCCAGCUGCUCGCGGGGCGACAUAUCAGGUCGAGCCGAUGGCAGGAAGGGUGUUGAGUCUGCCAAUGGAAGUGGCAUGCAGCUUUCAGCAGACGACUGGCCCGACUGGCCGGAGCAUCAUCAGGUUAACUGCUGGUGCAUCCGGCAUCAUGCCCGGUCUUUACCGUUUCCAGCUGCUCGGGAAAAACCCCGCGACCGCAGUCGCCAAUUCCGUCGACAACACAAAGCCUUGCAUGAUGCAAUUCUGCUGGGACUUCCACUCCCUUCAGGUAAUUGGCAAUGUCAACACCAAGCUGGACUCAAGCAUUAGCAUCCCUUCAUUCGACAUCAAUGUGAAGAUGGUCGAGGCCCUCAUACCUGAGCUGACCAGAGAACAGCAGGCAGCCACCGGAAGAGAUGAUCGGCCCCUGAGCAGAAAUCCCUUGGUCUUCAAGUUCAAGCUGGGGAGCGCUGCCAUCUUUUCGGGGACGAUGCUGAUCAGGGGACCUUUGGGCACCAUCUUCCGGGAAGACUGCGCAGAGGACAUUGAAGUCCGACCCACUGAGGUGUUUGGAACAGGGCAAAUGCUGCCGGAAGAGUAUGCAGUUUGGCCACAGGGUGUCGAGAUAGUCAGCUGCAGAGGUGAAGGACCAGAUGCAAGGAUAGUGAUCGAUCCUGGAGUUACGGACGGCUUAUUGUUCGAGGUCUUCUACCCGAUUCGUGUGGCCGUCUUGCACAAUCCAGUCGUGCAGCCUAUCGACAACAGGUGGACUUUGGACUUCAACGGAGAGUCCUCCGACCCUUUUGAUGGCUACAUGUUAUGGACAUUCACCAGGACAUCGCUGCUGACUGCGACGAUGGGCCGCUCGACAACGGUGACAGGUGACCCCUUCUUGUCAAAUCCUGUGACUUUCACAUUCCGUCCGAAAAACACUGUCAAAGGCGCUGGCAUGAUCAUCAGGGUAGAAGCUCCAGACUCCUGGACAAUUGCCAUUGAAGCUGACGGCCAUUGCAAGAUCAUGAUGCAGCCGAUAUCAGCCGACUCCGCAGGAGAGCCUCCUCACCCGGCUCUGCCAAUCUACCGUCAACAUUCAUCAGCACUGCUUCAUUGCUGUUGCUUGAGAAGGUUGCACUACGGCGGCUGCUUUUGUAAUAGUCAGAGCCAAGUGUGCUCAUCGCUUUGA